UCCUCUUCUUCCUCCCAAAUGCCACACUAUCUCUCUGCUUGCCAAAUUUGCCCAUUUCUCCACUUCCCAUCAUCCUGCAUUCUGUCUCUUUGCCUUGUUAUAACUUGGUAGAACUGAACACAAGCAAAUAUACGAAGACACCCAAGGAUGCAAUUGCAGAAUACCAUUUCCAUUGCUUCUCUGCUUGCUGCAACUCUUCUCCUCUCCUUCUCCACUGCUCUUAAGGAAGGCCAAACUUGUGCAGCAGACAGAUUCUGCGACUCGGGGCUCCACUGUGAAACCUGUGUGGCUAACGGCAAUGUUCGCCCUCGUUGCACCAGAAUCCAACCCAUAAUCCCAACUUCUAAGGUGAAGGGAUUGCCAUUCAAUCGGUACACAUGGCUUACUACCCACAAUUCGUUUGCCAUGAUGGGGGAGAAGUCCGCAACUGGGUCCAUCAUUCUAGCUCCCACUAACCAGCAAGACUCCAUUACUAGCCAGCUCAAUGCUGUAAUGAAUAAAUGUUCUGGAGGUUUCUCAUUCAAGAUUUUGUCGGUUGAAAAAUUAAAUGGCGAUGUCAAAUACACACAAACAAGUGUCAUAGAAUGGGGUGAGAGGUUUGAUGCUGGACAUGUACGACUUCAUGAAUGAUGUCUGGUUAUGCCAUUCUUUCGGAGGAAGAUGCUUCAAUGUGACAGCUUUUCAACCGGCUGUGAAUGUACUCAAGGAGAUUCAAGCUUUCCUCGAAUCGAACCCCUCUGAGAUCAUCACCAUCUUCAUAGAGGACUAUGUUACUUCCUCAAACGGACUAACCAAAGUUUUCAAUGCUGCUGGCCUGAGGAAGUACUGGUUUCCAGUGACAAAGAUGCCCAAAAAUGGCGGGGACUGGCCGACGGUUGACGAUAUGGUAAAGAACAAUCAGCGGUUGGUAGUCUUCACUUCCAAGUCAGCCAAGGAAGCCUCGGAAGGGAUUGCUUACGAGUGGAGAUAUGUGGUCGAAAACCAAUAUGGGAACGGUGGGAUGGUGGCUGGCUCGUGCCCAAACCGGGCAGAAUCAUCAGCCAUGAAUACAACAACAAGAUCACUGGUGCUAAUGAACUACUUCCCUGAUAACCCCGACCUCUCGCAGGCUUGUAAGCAGAACUCUGCCCCAUUGAUGAGCAUGACAGACACAUGCCAUUCGGCAGCAGGCAACCGAUGGCCUAACUUCAUCACAGUCGAUUUCUACAAGAGAAGCGAUGGAGGGGGAGCUCCACAAGCGACGGAUGUCACAAAUGGGAAGCUUGUUUGCGGGUGUGGGAACAUUGAUUCUUGCAGGCAAGGCAUGGCGUUUGGGGAAUGUGAGCUACCAGAGGCUGGUGUAGCUCCAGCACCUGGAGCUGGAGCUGCAGCAAAGGAAACAGCGAGCUCUGCAGGUUUAGGGAAGAGAGCACCAUUUUUGCAGGGAUGGCGGAUGGCUGUGUUGAUUCUUGGGUCACUUCAUUUCUCUCUGUGGUUUUAGUUCUUAAAAGAGUACAACCAGUGUUCUUGAACUUGUGAUGGUUCAUUUUGUCUGUUGUAGUGUCUAGGCAGUGGGGAAUAUUGUCCCUCGCAGAUACUUAUCUUAUGAUGAUUGUCAUUUGUUAAUCAACUUGUGGAAAGCAAAUGCCUGAAUCUAGUGGCGAAGAAGGAGAUACAAAUGACGAAUAGGAAUGGCAAUGGGCAAGUUCGGGGCGGGUUUCUUG